UGCGUAUCGAGCAGUGUGUCUGCGGUUUUCGUCUGCUCUGUAGUUCUAAACACGUGCUUAAAUUUUUGUGAAUUCGUUUUCUCGGCUUUUUCUGAAUAUCCAAGUUCUGCGUGUGUUUUCGCUCUUGGAAGUUCUAAAGUUUAUGCAGUACUUUCUAAUAUAACACUUCCAAGAUGGAAUGGGUUACAAAUAAAGAUUUCCCGCAAGAAAUGACAGCCAAUGCCCAGAAUCUCGAUUCUGCUUUGUCGGAAAUGGAGGCUGUUGUCAACCAAUUGAUUUCCAUGCCACUAAGCGAAGCCCAUUCAUGUAUGAAACCCUUGGAGCGAGCCAAAUAUGACACAGCUUCUGUGUAUGCUGUAACUUCUCUUUUCUGGGCCUAUAUGAAAACACAAGGUGUUGAUCCCAAAACAAAUGGCUUACCAAAGGAGCUAGAAAGAGUAAAGAAUGUUAUUGGCCGAACCAAACAGAUAGCUGACAAAGCCUUGGCACCAAAACUCGAUGUCAGUGCAGCAAAAAGAUUCAUUCGUGGGGGUCUGUGGGAAUCUAAGGAUGGAGAAAAAAAAGAUGAUGCCAACCUGGAUAGCCAAGUAAGAGAAGAAGAUGUUAUUAAGCCACCCCCUAAUAAAAGAAUAAGAUUUGAUGAAGAUCUUAAUUCUACACAGUUGACUAAUGCAGAAAGGUAGUGUCACUGGAAAAUAAAUUCAAUAUUAAUUGUAUUCGCACAUUCCCGAAUUUCGUAAUUUUAAAGAGAGAACCUUUUUGUAAUUUUAUGAAGCCUUGAAUAAGGUAACGCUUAUGGUACAUAAAAUGAUCGUAAAGGAAAUGUAUUUGAUUGAGGUAUUAAUUUCGAUGUGCAUUUGAUUCCUUAGCAAACUUUGGGGAAAAAAUGUCUGUAGUCUUCCCUCAGUGUUUUCUGCGAAACGCGACGACAGUUACGUUAUGUCCUUUCUUUCCUCCAAAUUCAAAAGUAGGAGUUGAAAGCACCUCGAGAACAUCAAAAACUAUCCGCCAGUCGGCAUUUCCAACGAAAUAGAUUAGUUUACAUGUCACAGAUCAAGUAUUUUAUUUGCAUACCAUUUUUGCCGAUUGUUUGUUUCAUUUCCUCUUCAGUAUGACAGCAUGUUGCUACCAAUAGAAUUCCACCGGGUUGAAGAAGUUGGGACGUCCUUUUUACGUAAUUAUCGCGAAAGUGUUUUGCUUUGGUUUGGGAGCCCUCAGUGCUUGUGCUGGCUAGAACGACCGAAUCAUACAAGCCCUUGUCCAAUACCAAUCGAUACUUUUUGUUUAACGGGGAAUCUGGAGCAUCAGAGGGAACUGAGCCAAGCACGUUGCAAACCUUCAUGGCAACCAGUAAAGUAUUACGUUCUAAAAAUUCGAAUAAACUACAGUCAUUCUUACCUCUAGCCUAACUUUGGCACACUCUUGAUGAGAAAUUUCUGUGGCCAAUUUUAUGGCAUUUGGAGAUUUAUCAAUUCCGGCAUCCAAUGAAAUUCUCACAAACCAUUUGGAAAAUGAAGGCAGCAUUCCCGCAUCCUAUGUCCAGAAUAGGAUCAUCAAAUUCGAUAUUGGUCUUAAUCCAGGUCAAAAUGGCUUGAACAACCUCUUCACUGCACCUAAUUAGCCAAGCAUAUAGAAAACAUACAUCACCCUUGGAGAAUUUCUCUAGUUUGAAAAACAAAACCAACCAGUCAUCCCCUAUGUCUCCGUGGUCGCAAAAAUUUUUCCAAUCUUCUUCGUACUUCUUAUCCAUACUAAAACAUUUUAACGUAUUAAUUAUGACGAUUCAUAAGGUGAGAAAUUAAAAUAUUAUAAAAUUUAUCUUUACUUGAUUUCCAUGGUGGAGCCGGUCGAGUAGAAGCAGAUACGAACUGAGCAAAAUUUAGACUAGAAUGAUCUACGUUAGUGUGAAAUACAACUCAAUUUAUACGUUGAUCAAUAUACGUAGUGUUAACGUCUCGAAAGUUUUUUCUUCUUAAUUCCCUUCGCGGUUUACCGUGGCUUCCGUGGAAGAAAUUAAGGGGCCGUAUAAGCCAUUUGUGGGAUAUCUUGGAAUUUGCAUUUGGCCGAUGGAAGACUCUACCUCUUAUGAGAGCUCCUACGCAUAUCGGGUGCAUGCCUUAGAUACAUGAGUUAAGAUUUAGCAAUUUAAAAGAUUACUAUCAUUUACUAUCUUUGUAUUCCCUAACAGAACAUAAAAAAGUUUAGUUGUCAAUGAGUACAAUGACUCAAUGUUUUUAAAAUUUUUAAAGUGGCAUCAAUGAAUGCAUGAAUGAAUAAUCAUGUACAACGGCAACGUUGUUUAUUUUGAAUUGAUCUGUUGAAGUUAGAUCGAGUCGAACUUUGACAACUUACGUUCAGGAGGGAAGUCUGAGUUAGAGUCUCCCGGCUUAGAUAUUGAAUUUACGUGAACUUGGAGAAGAAUUAUAGUUGCAUUAUUGCAGAAUGAAUGUACCGGUGGAGGACUGGUUAAAUGGACUCUUUACUUCC